AUGAGGUCCUUCAUAUUCGGUAGCCUAGCACUGGCGACCGGCUCAUCAGCCCUAGACAUCGUGGUGUCUUCGUCGGGCGGAAACGCAACGUCGGGACACCAGUACGGCUUCCUGCACGAGGACAUCUCCAACUCUGGCGACGGCGGCGUGUACGCCGAGCUGGUGCGCAACCGGGCCUUCCAGAACACGACCGCCUUCCCCGCCUCCCUGGACGGGUGGACGGCCGUAGGCGAGGGGACGGUCCUGUCCCUGGACGGGGAGGGCCCUCCGCUUUCCGACGCGCUCGACGUGUCCGUCACCGUCAAGCCCGGCGACUCCGGCUCUGUCUCUGCCGCCGGCCUGAGCAACGACGGCUACUGGGGCAUCCAAGUCACCCACGGACAGGUGUACACCGGCAGCUUCUGGGUAUACGGAGGGUACGACGGCGUCUUCACGGCCAGCCUGCAGAGCGCCCUGGUGGACGACGAGGUCUUCGCCUCGGUCGAGGUUGACAGCCUCGCCCAGGAGGAUGAAUGGGUCAAGCAUACCUUUGAGCUUGUGCCCGACGGUCGCGCCAACGGUCUACGGAUCGACCUGGCAGACGCCCUCAAGGCUCUCAACCCUUCCGUGAUCCGCCUGCCCGGAGGGAACAUGCUCGAGGGCCUGACGGGGAAGACGUGGUGGGACUGGAAGAAUACCCUCGGUGACCUCGAGGGCCGUCCUGGUUUCGAUGGUGUCUGGGGUUAUCAGCAGACCAACGGCUUGGGAUUGCUAGAGUAUCUCCUCUGGGCGGAAGAUAUGGAUCUUGAAAUCGUGGUGGGAGUAUACGCCGGCCUCGCUCUGAACGGCGACAUAGUCUCGGAAGCCGACUACCAGCCCAUCAUCGACGAUGCCCUGGCCGAGAUCGAGUUCGUCAUCGGCGCCAACACCACCAAGUGGGGUGCGGUGCGCGCCUCUCUCGGACACGCAGAACCCUUCCCUCUCCGCUACGUCGAGGUCGGCAACGAGGACUGGCUCAACGGCGGAUGGGAUUCGUACAAGGCCUACCGCUUCCCGCUCAUGUUCUCCGCCAUCCGCGACGCCUACCCGGACCUGACCGUCAUCUCGUCCGGGGCCACGACAAACGGCUACGAGGACAUUCCGGCUGGCGCCGUGGGCGACUAUCACGCCUACCUUCUGCCCGACAACCUGGUCACCGGCUUCAACCUGUUCGACAACAACGACGUGCCCCACAUCGUCGGCGAGGUGGCCGCCACAGCUCCCAACGGCGUGACCACGUCCCCCACCGAUGGUAACGCCAUGAUGCCGUUCCCCUGGUGGAUCGGGUCCGUCGCCGAGGCCGUCAGCCUCAUCGGCUACGAGCGCAACGCCGACCGCCUCAUCGCCACCUUCUACGCCCCCGUCCUGCGCAGCCUCGACCGCUCCCAGUGGCCCGCCACCAUCCUCAGCUUCGCUGCCGACCACUCCCUCACUACCGCCUCCACCUCCGCCUACGUCUGGAGCCUGUUCGCCGCCCAUCCCAUCUCUCACACCCUCCCUGUCCAGGACCCCGUCUUCGACCCGGCCUUCUACGUCGCCGGCACCCAGAACGCUACGGGCUCGCGCAUCCUCAAGGCUGCCGUCUACAACACCACCGACCACGCCCCCGUGCCUUUCUCCGUCGUCUUUGACGGUCUCGAGGCCGGCACAAAGGCCCAGCUGACUCUGCUCACGGCUGAUGACCCCUACGCUUUCAACGACCCCUUCACCGGCGAGAACGUCGUCAACACCAACACAUCUAUCCUCGAGGCCGGGUCUGAUGGUGCGUUUACAUUUGAGCUGCCAGAGCUUAGUGUUGCUGUUCUCGACACGGAUUAUUCGUGA